AUGUCCCUCUUCCUCCUCCUCUCCCUCCUCUCCCUCCUCUCCCUUGCUACCUCGCUGGGUAGCCCACCGUGCGAUCGGAUCAUCGCAGGGCUGGAGGGACAGGACGCGGUGGCAUGGGAGGGAGUGUCAGGACAGGAGCUCUGGGAGAUGUCACCAUGUGCCAGGGAACUUGAGGACAUGAUGAGCCUUGCCCCUCCUGCAACAGAGAGGCUCUACCAGGAGCUGCAUGGCGGGGCCGACGGCAUUCCCAGCACCAGGAGCUUCUUCCUGGAGGACAUCGGGGAGGUUGCCUUGCGCAUCCUCGAGCCACAGCAAGGGAAGGUGUACGUCAAGUCGGAGGAGGACAACGACAGGGGAGGGAUAGUGUCGGAGGAGGGGAAGCUGAUUGUUGUCUUCGAGCUUGUGUGCGCGAGCAAGGUUCCCUUCAGCAUGCGGUUCAACGCGCAGUGGCAGGCGAACGAGCACUUCCACGAGCUCUCCGUGUCCAGCUCCUGCUCCAGCAACGAGCAUCAGAAGUACAACUACCUGGCGAUGCCCAACGCCUGGUCGCUGCUGCGCAAGGGGCAGAACACGUUCGGGCUGUGGCUUGAGCUGGAGGGAAGCGAAAAGUUCAUGGAGGAGGUCGUUGACUUCUACGUCUUCUCUUGCCCGCAGCAGAGACGAGGAUGCAAAGAGCAUGCCUUCCUGAAGGGGACAGUAGGAGGCCGGAUAGGAGGAGGAGGAGGAGGAGGAGGAAGAGGAGGAAGAGGAGGAGGAGAAUCAGCAUCAGUCGUGGUGAAUGAAGCAGGGGAAGAGGAAGGGGAAACAGUCUCGGGGAGCAUGGGGAGCAGACUGGCGGGCGUGUGGGACGGCAGAGUUUGCGAGCUGAUCUCCUCCUUCAGCGGGGGGGCGAUUGAAUUUCAGCUCACGGUCAUCGAGAGGUAUCAGUUCGGCUGCUCCUACCAAGUUCGUUUCCUCCUCCCCGACUCCAGCGGGAACCACCAGGACCGCUGGAGAUCUCCUGGCCGAGUCGACGUGCAGGACAGGCAUCACAUCGAGGACAACGGCAGGCGCUCGCGGCUCCUCCGCCUCUCCUUCCGCUUGCCGGCGUGUCUGCAGCAAGACCGCAUCCUCGUCCAGCUCGUCUCAUCUUCCUGCUCGCCUCCCAUCGAGUGGUGGGGAGCAAGAGUUUGGGACCUUGGGGGACCCCAGCAGGAGCUCAGCUGGCCAUGGCGACACGGAUGGGCAGGGGAGGCGAUCACGCCGGGGAGGACGGUGGCGAAGUUCAGGGUGGAGAUGGAUAAGUUUGGAGACGGAGCGAAGAGGAGAGGUGAGGAGCAGGAGCAGGCGGGGGUGAGGGAAGUUGCGGCAGCCAGCAGUUUCUAG